UACUUUAGUCUGAAAUGACCCAAACUCAAAGAAACAAAAUGUGCAUGGUAAUGCGUAAUUCAUAACCACAUUGUAUUGUGACUUAAUCGAAGAGUCGAAUCUCUGAGGAAAGACAGAAGCCGAGAGUGAGUAAACUUUAGUAAAGGGUAGCAUCGUAGCUUAAUUAGCUUCGUUAGCGGUUUAGUUUGAGCGCUAAUUUUGACAGUCAUGUCAUCGGAAACUGUUCUCACUGUGCGCCUGGUUCGCUCUUUCGAACAUCGCAACUUCAGACCAGUAGUGUUCCGAGGUGUGGAUUUAGAUCAGAAAGUCGAGGAGUUUAUUGCUUUUGUGAAAAAAGAUGUUUCCAUCAGAGGUGGUUUGCCCCCACCUUUUAAGAAAUAUGGCUAUGAUACUAUGAAGAUCAUUCAUCAAGCACAUGGAGCAAAGACUAAUGAACUGGUGAUGAGUUUGGAGGAUGAUGAAAACCUGAUUUUGCACAAUGGCCUCGAUUUACGAGCAUGUGGUAUAGCCAAUGAAACAGAGCUGGCCUUCUUCAAGUUGAGUGACUAUGAAAACUUUAAGGCCAAUCCCCAGACUGUGUGGUGAGAGGAAACUGACAUUUAUGAGGGAAUCCUGGUGUGUUUUAUUCAGAGGAAGCAGUGCGACAUCCUGAAUGGUUUCAUGUCUACCUGUGUUUAUAUUUUCAAGGCUCAACCAGACCAGAAAUGCUGUUUUAAUUUUAUUCUAGUUUCUUCAAGUCAGUUUAUCAAGUUCACAUUAUCAGUAGCAUUUAUUUUAGACAGAUAAGACAGGUAAUAGUUUGAGGUUUCAUAAGUUGAAAAAUUUAAUAGAUGAGAAUGGACAAAUACAUUAACAUUAUUUAACAGUUACAGUACAUGCAUCAAAAUGUGUCAAUUUUAAACCAGCUGUUUUAUUUUUAUUACCCAUCUGUGAGUGGUGCAUGUGAUUGAAUUGUGUUUAUUAAAUAAAUCUCACUAAAAUCAAA